GAUGGCACACGCACUUUCCUUAUCUUUGGGGGCGGUGUAAGAGUAUCACAUAACACCAGUACCAACCCAAAAGUAUAUGUUACUCAAAUACACCAACGUUAGUGAGUGAUCAGCCAUGGACCGUGUAACUAGGAGUGCAAUCCUCUGGAUUUUCCUAUUUCCCUUCACCAGCGCGGAUAUUUACCGGGAGCAGAUCUUACAUCAAGAAGCCCAACUUCAUAAAGAUUUGUUCACCGACUAUAACAGCGAUUAUCGUCCUGUGAAAAAUCACACCCAGGCUGUAACUGUAAAAGUACGCUUUGCAGUCAAGUACUUAAGUUUUGACUAUCUCGAAGAAACAUUCACCGUCCACAGCUGGGUGGCGAUGAACUGGAUAGACGAAUUUUUAACAUGGAAUCCGACUGACUAUGGUGACAUCAAAGAAAUCCAAGUUGAAAGUCACGAAAUCUGGAUACCACGUAUGGCGUUAUUUAACUCUGAUGCAACUAUGUACCAGUCAGAUCAAUUCUUCACCACUUGUUCCUUAGGGUUUGUAGGAAACGUCACAUGUGUGCCACAUAUUGCACAUUCUGGGAUCUGCAGCACUUCGCUUCGACGAUGGCCUUACGAUCGCCAAAAUUGCACUUUAUACUUCGGCUCUUGGAUGCACAAAGGGGAACAAGUGAAUUACACUUUUUAUCCAAACCUUCCUGUCGUUUUAAGUGAUUUUCAAAACGGGCCAGCUUGGCGACUUCUGCGUGUAGCGAACGAACGAUUACCAGGGAAAUAUGCCUGUUGUCCCAAUGAAACAUAUCCAAUGUUAAAGUAUACGUUUGUACUGAAGAGGGAAGCCGCCGGACCAGCAGCUAUUGUGGUUGUUCCCUCCAUAGUAAUAGUUCUAUUGACGUUGACAUCGCUUUUAUUGGGAGUAAAAGACAACAUAAGGUUGUUGCUAUUAUGCUUUAGUCUUUUUGGUCACUUUAUAUUUUUGACGGAAAUUGGAUACGAUAUUCCAAAACACGGAGCGGAUACACCCAUUAUUUUACUCUUUGUCCGCGACUCCAUGCUGCUGACACUGGUUGGAAUCCUGGUAACGUUAUUGCUAAUGACACUCACGAAGCGCGAAGAUCCGACUCCUAGAUGGAUCACAUACGUCGCUCAUCUCGUGAGAACGGGUCCAGGUAAAUAUGUGGUGUUCACGGAGUUUGACCCCAGUGACUCAUUGAAAACGAAAUUAGCAGAAGAUGAAGGUAACACCAGCAGUGAAACUCAACGCACCACUAAUGACUGGGUAACAUUUUGUAACAUCAUAAAUAGUGUGGUAUUUAUUAUUUCUCUUUUAGCAUAUUUAAUAUUGAUUGUCACUUAUAUUCCAGCAGAUAAUUAAUGUAUAAAAACGGUAGUCAUUAUUUACA